CCAGGCAGGGGAAGCCCAGUUGAAAGUGGACGGCUGACCCCAUCCAAGCGCUCGGUCAGUUUGAGCAUCACAAACUUCCUGAAGCGCGUCUCCCCGCACUUCAGGCGCAAGCGGUCCAAGGAGCGCUCCAACAAAUCCAGGUCGGCGGACGGCUCUGCCCAGAGUCUGGCCAACACGCCCUCGGAUCCAGACACAGAUCGGGACAGUCCAACCGACGCUUUAACAGACAAGCCCAAACGCCCCGGGAAGUUCUCCAGGAGUCAAGUCCGGCAGUCGUUCAUGAAACUUGUCGGGCGAUCAAACUCAAAGUAG